AUGUUAAAUAAAAUGUUUAAUUUUUUAUUAUUUUUACUUGUUUUGAUCAUAAAAACCUCAGAUUCAUACCAUAUUAAUCUGCGUAAUAUACAGACAAUACCGAAUCUAGAGCUUCUGGGAUCCAGCUAUAGCACAAUCACCAAGAACGCAAACAAUGAUAAAAAUGCCAGAAAAGGUUCAAAUGAUUUAAAAUCAGAGGGGAUUGGCGAAAAAGAUGUACACACUGGAGACGGGAAAAACAACGUAAUUGACGUGACUAACCUUAAAAAUUCAGUGAUUGACAUAAAAAUGAUGAACAAAUUAAACAACACGUUGGAAUACGUCCAUUCUGACAACGUUUACAUACAAAAUUAUCCGAGGUGUGAAAUAUUGAAUGAAAACAAAGUAAAGGACGAAAAGGAGGAAGAAAGUGCAAUUUUUACUAAAAAAUCAAUGAAAGGCAACGACCAGGUCAAUACUAAAAUAAUUUUUUGCGCCAAAUUCAUAAUUGGACUAAAUAACAUGUAA